AUGGUGGGUCUUCUUCGCCAUUUAGACGACCCAACGGCCUUAGAUGGCGAGCUACUUCAUUCAAUCAACAAAGAUAUGUGUAAGCUUGUGCCAUCUUCUUUAACUAUGGGCACAACAGCCUUAAACGAUUUAUCCAACAUGCCGGACACAAAAGAUAAUAUUCGUACUCAAGAUGCUAGUCGACGCAACACGUACCGACAAAAGCAAAAGGCACACAAAGAGGCUUUAUACAUGCAAGUUGAAGAGCUCUCAAGUCAACUCUUUGCACUCAUGGAGGCAAAAGAAGCGGCUUUAGUGAGCAUAGAUAUGACGCAGGGGACAAUCUGGAAAGCUCUUGCAAUUAGAAAUAAACAAGUUCGACAGAACGCUGAAGAUCAACGUGCCAAGUUGCGUGCAGCUGUUGAUAGACGAGCAAGACUAAUUCAAGAUUUAGGACAAUUGGUUCAGAAGAGGAUGCAUGAAGAAGCACUUGAAGAUCUGGUAUAUACAGCUAAAAGACUUCGCACGGAGACGCCGAACAAGGCGUUGUAUGAAGUAUAUUUGAAGGAGCUGGACGAAAUUUAUGCAAAGACGGACAGUAUCAUUUAUGCAACGGCUAAACUUGCAGACAUGAAGACUUGUGAAAGAUCUCGACUAUUCUACUAUCCACCACAACCUUUUUCCAGCAAUUCCAGUUGCCAUGAGCUUAUAGGCAUGUUUACGACACCGUAUGCUUACGAGAAAGUGCGUAAGAAUCUGUACGAAAUGUACUGUUUGGAAUUCCGUCUUGGUUCACUAUCUCAUGAUGCUGCAAUUACGAAAUAUCGAGUGGAAAGCUUGAUGGGUUCUGCAAUUCAACAUUGUGUUAAACGACAAUAUAAUGAAUGCAACCGUAUUGUGAUUGUAUGGCGAAAAUUUACAGAAGGUGAAGGAAAUUUUGGUGGGAUGCAUUCAGAUGAAACUGGAUGGUGUGUCGUAGGACCAUCGAAAAGAAAUGGAACUUUGAGCUCCGUGGUGCAAUUUGUCUCUCGAUUUGUGCCGAUUCAUUUGAGUGUUGCAUCAGCUUCAACCAACCUCAUGAAACAAUUCGCUGACCUGUUGGUCAAAAGCAAUGAAGAAAUUUGUCAAUUAGGUCUACAAACGCUUGAGAAUGAAAUUCUAGACGACGCAGAGAGAAGUAAUUGA